AUGUCCCUCUCCUCCUGUCAGAUGGAGCAGGAGCGUCUGAUGGAGCUGGAGAGGGACAACCGCCUGCUGGUGUCCAGGAUCGCCCGCACCAUGGGCACCAAAGGAGGCCUGGACAACUGGAACGAGUACCAGGCCAAACCCAGGUGGGAACACAUCACAUUAGGCUACCUAUGUCCCCAAUAUGAAUGGGAAUCAUAUCUUUCUGAGUCAUAUCUAUGUAUACCAACACCAGGGUGCCACUAGUCUUUAUUAAAUUCAACAUAGCUUGAGAUAUGCGAAUGCAACAACAUUCAUUGACGUCAUGGCAUGAUUAUUUGAUUGCCUUCUUGAUCGUGAUUGAUUAGAUCCUUAGCAGAGAGUUUGGUUUUCAUAUGUGGUUGGCAUGAGAAUGCCCCUUUCUCAAACUGUGUUCUGUGAAACAGCAUUUCAUUGUAAUGUCUACACCUGUUGUAUUCGGCGCAUGCGGCAAAUAAAAUUUGAUUUGAUUUGAUAUAUAGUUAAUAGAUAGUCAAUAAACUGUUAAUAAAGGGUUAUAAACUGUAUUAGAUAUUACAUGUUAAGGUAACACCUAUUUGAGACAGUGUAUUCUCAUGUAAGCUCCCCAUUGUGUUUCCAGUGUGUCCAUACUUUAUAAACUUUUAAUACAGGGUUAUAAACUCUCUUACACAUUGUAUUCUAUGGUUACAGAGACAGUGUAAUCUCAUCUCACAAGUUUCCCCAUUGCAUGUCCAGUGUUAAUGCAGACCUGAGGAACAGGGAGCUGGUGAAGAUUUCUCUGGAGAACCAGGCCAUUCUAAAGAAGAUCAACAUGACUAAGUCAGUCUACGACCACAGGACAUGGCUGGACGACUUCAAAGUAAGUAAGAGCUACUGCACUCACUGUGUGUGUGUGUGUGUGUGUGUGUGUGUGUGUGUGUGUGUGUGUGUGUGUGUGUGUGUGUGUGUGUGUGUGUGUGUAUGUGUGCGUGUGUGAGAGACACAGAGGGAGAGAGAGAGAAUGAGAUAGAGAGACUGUAGUACAAAAGAUCUCUCACAAUACUGAUAGCGUUUGUGUGAAUGUAUGUAGUUGCCAAUUUGCCACCACAGCUGAGUCCCAAAGAACAUUGAAACCCUCAUCUCCGUGAUCUUUUCUAGGUCACAAGAGGUUAUAUGAACAGACUGUUGAAGUACCCUGAACAGCCCAUACUGCCAAAGCAGCACAAGGUUAGUAGCACUCUUACCUUUCCCACUAAAGGCUACUUUCCAUAGCAGCAAAUGGAUACCUUAGAGGUUCAAGAGAGAAUUGUUUCUCAUUGAUAUCCUGCCUAGCCAUGGAAUGAUCCCUAUUGAAGAUCAAUUCUCUUUGGUUGCAUUCCAUUAUUGAAAGGUUAUGGUUACUUUAUGUUCUAAGAGCAAAAGAGAACCCAGCCUGCAAAGCUGGUUGAAAUGACAUAAUCACAACCAGCUUUGCCUAUUGGGAAGGACUUUGGGAUUGUUGCAAAUACAUGUUUGAAUUGUUAGACAUUUCUGUUUCCUAUGUUUUUACAUGCUCUCUCUCCCCCCCCCCCCCCCCCCCCCCCCCCCCUCCAGAUACUGAACUUGGUCUAG